ACUUCAACAACUACAUUUGCCUUCAUUUCUUUCCCUCCAUCCCCUCAAGCUCUUCCCUGGGACUGACUGGAGCCCUGGCCACACCUGGGUUAUUCCACUGACACGAUUCUCCUGCCCUCACUGUCUCCUGCCAUAGGAAUGGGGAAAGCACUGUGAGACUGACUUCAUAACAAAUGUAUCUAGUACAAGAGGAAUCAGACAUGCUGCUUUGGUGCUCAGGUCACCAGAGAUGCAAAUCCAAGAGAGUUGCAAGUAUCCUCUUGAAAACCUGUUGAAAAUGCUCUUUUUCUACCUCAAUCUCGUCGUAGCUGAAGUUGAUGACUUCUAUGUCCUCAGGGCUGAGCGACCACCUUUGGUGACUGGGGAGAGUUCAUGUUAAACAUCUAAUCUAUUCCAUCCUCAGUAUGGAUGAAGGACAUUUUGGGUCGGACCAAUUGGAUGAGGCAUCUGACAAUCCAAUGAACUUCUCCGGCAUGCCGAAGCUAGGGAGCCCCCUGCAAUCUCCCAAGGAAGAGAGACCUUACAAAUGCAACCAGUGUGACAAGACUUACCGCCAUGCAGGAAGUUUGGUAAAUCAUAAAAAGACCCAUCAGAUAGGACUCUACUCGUGCCUCAUCUGUCAGAAAGAAUACUCCAACCCGAUGGGAUUGAAAAAUCACCUGCGUAUUCAUUCAGAGGAAAAACGCUUCAGAUGUGCUGAAUGCGGAGAGUGUUUUCGUAUGGCACGGGAACUUUCCAGUCAUAGCAAAGAAGCCCAUGCCUUUUACUGUGCGUCCAAUGGAGAAAAUGCUCCAGGCAGCCAAGAAUGCAUGGACUCCACUGCACCUGUACUGGCCGAAAACAACAGCUUGAUUAGUAACAUAGAGAAUUACAUUGUGGAGUCCAUGGUGCCGGGAGAUUUCUCACAACUUAUUUCAAAGUAUUACCCAGAUGUCAAUGGGGAAGCAGAGCAUGAAGAAAGCCGCAAUGAAAAACUGGAAACGGCCACAGAGCUAAUGGAUGAGAAUGUCACUGACAACGGCUCCGAGGAACGCCGGUACAAAUGCAAACAGUGUGGGAAGGCCUAUAAACAUGCAGGUAGCCUGGCCAAUCACAAGCAGACCCAUAAAGUUGGAGUCUAUCAGUGUGGCAUCUGCUUCAAGGAGUUCCCAAACCUUAUGGCAAUGAAAAAUCAUUGCCGUCUGCACUCUGACUCCAGAAAUUCAUGGCUUUUUAAAUCCCCCUAUUCCACUGCGAUUCUACUCGACCACACUACAGUAAACGAUACAGCACUUAUAAAGCCACAACCAGCCAUAUUUAAUUCUAGAGAUGUGCAAGAAAAGUGUGACGAACAGCUGGCAAUGUUAGAUGGUUCAGAACUCAGCAUGUCAGAAGAAGAGACACUAAACGCACCUCUUGACAAACGUUGCAGUUUGCAAGAUAGUCCUCCAAAGUUCUCAAGUCCUUCUGGAAAGUCCAUUGGGCAACAGACUGGUAUAGACACAAGUAUAGACAUUGGCCUUCAGGAUUCAUGCAAAGAUAGCACAGUUUUCAAUAUAAGUGCAGCAGCUCUUUUACAUUCUUUUAGACCAGAGGAUAAAGCUGGCCAAAGCCAGUCAGAGCAACUUGGACUAGAAGGUACAGAUGAUGAAGAAGCUAAGCCAGGGGAGAACUUGGAACACCGACCUUUUAAGUGCCAAUUGUGUGAAAAGACUUAUAGGCACGCAGGAAGCCUUAUUAACCACAAAAAAACUCAUGAAACCGGAGUGUAUAGUUGCAAUGUGUGCUCUAAGCAGCUUUUUAACAUGGCGGCCUUAAAAAACCAUCUCCGAGCUCACUUCAAGUCCAGAGCAGGAAGGCGGUUGGGAGACCACUAUUUUGAACCCGCUAGCUUUUCUGAUGAACUUUUUAACAGUGCAGAGGAAUCUUACAAAUGUGAAGUUUGCAAUGAACUAUUACUGAGCGAGAAAGACUUUUUGCAGCAUCAAGUGUUUCAUCAACAAGAUUAUGUAAAAGAGGCCUAUAAUGAUGCCCCUAAGGCAGAAGUUGACACUACCAUGGAGGACAGUUGGGGUGAAAAUCUCCAGGGUUCUCAAGGCAGCAGUGAGGACUCUGCUUACUCAAGUGGCCCUGUCAUUCUAGAUGCGAUCAAGAGGGAGGUCGAAAAUCUAUCUUCUCAGCAACCGCUAGAGCAGAGUUCCCAUCAGGGCACAACAGAAAAGCGUGGUGAGGACUGUAGGAAAGACAGCAUAGGUGAAGCGAUCCAGGAUACUUUAGCAUGCUCUUCAGAAGAUCAGAUUAUUUUAAAAGAAACAGACUUUUCUGGGGUGGAAGUACAUGACCCAACAUCGGAUGAUCGGCCUUAUAAAUGUGAAGCCUGUGGAAAGUCUUAUAGACACAAAAGUAGUUUAUUGAAUCAUAAAUUAACUCACCAGACGGGAGUUUAUCAGUGCUCCGUUUGCCCCAAGCAAUACUCCAAUCUAAUGGCACUGAGAAACCACCUCCGCUUCCAUUCUAGACGUCCUUCUGGAAGACAAAGUAGCACUUCCCUACAAAGUCAUCAGUUUCCUCAUAACCAGUUAGACGAACCUCAGAAUAUGGGAAGUCCUACCCAUGUGCCAGCUUUACAAUUUAGUUUAAAUGAAGAGGAGACCUACACAACUCCAAUGAAUGAAGCUGAUGUUGCCAGCACUGAGCAAACACCAGAUGAGCUGCUUUGUUCCUGUGGGAAGUUCUUUAAUUGUGCGAAAAGCUUUCAGACUCACAGUCAGUUGUGUGUGAAAGCAGUAGCUGACCCUACAGCGAUCUCAACAGUAUUAAAAAGUGAAACAUUUUUGCAUUCUGAAGGCGUUGUUUGUGACACAAAAGAGGCAACAGAGGCUCAUGGAAACAUUCCAGAAGCACAAGAACAACAAACAGGAAAAAGGCUGUAUGAAUGCAACCUUUGUGAAAAGUCCUAUAGACAUUCAGGUAGCUUAAUUAACCAUAAGCGGACACAUCAGACAGGAGACUAUGUGUGUUCUGUUUGCUCCAAGCAUGUACAUAACUUGGCUGCCUUAAAAAAUCACCUCCGAAUUCACCACAAAAUUAAAAGAAGACCAGGAGAAAGAAGUGACCAUUCUGGGUUUCUCUUUCCUGAUAUGUAUUACUCCCAGGGAAACCAGGACAUUUUCAGCUGUGGGAAUUGUGAUGAAAUGUUCCAAAGUGAACAAGACCUUGUGUCUCAUCAGGAGGUGCACCUUCUGCUGGGGGAUAGUUUGGAUCAGAGGCAGGAUUCAGGCAUGAUGGAAUUGAAUGUGACGAGUACAGAAGAAAAAGAAUCCAGUUUUAUGGUUAUUGAGGACUAUAAUGACUGCGAAGGUUUAAAGGUCUCAGAACUUAAGGGGAAAGAUCAUGAUCCUGAAAAUGAAGACAUCGAUUCUACAGAAAAGAUAAAGGAAAACAGUUACUCCUGCGAAGAGUGUGGAGAGCAGUUUACAAGUGCUGUACAAUUAACAAGUCACAAACAUACUCAUCAGACAAGUAUAUACCAGUGCUCAUUCUGCCCCAAAGAGUAUCCUGACUUGUUAUCCUUAAGGAAUCACUUUGUGUCCCACACAAAGUUCCAGGUUCUCAGGAAUGGUAAUCGAGAAGCCUCGGAUGGGUCAGAGGAUCAGGAACUUGUAGACGGCCUUCCAUCAUUUGAUAAUCGUUAUGACUGUGGUCACUGUGGAAUGGAUUUCUCAAAUGAAGCAGAUUUCCAUCAGCACCAGGUUGCACACGAAAAGCAGGUUAUCCAUGGUAAUUCUAUUGAAGAUGAUCAGUUGCGAGAGUUUUCAUUACCUAUGCACACAUCAGAGCAAGAGCUCUUAAGCAGCAUAAAUAAUGAGAUGGAAGGUGGUGAGUCCAGUGAAGAGUCUGAUGGAGGCCCUCACCUAUCCCAUAUAUGUGGCUUCUGUGGCAAAACCUAUGAUGAUUUGGGAAGUUUAGAGGCGCACAGUUUAAGUCAUGCGGAUGAAGAACCUCCCGCAGAUAAAAGCACUGUUUGUGCCAAAGAGGAUUUAGAGGAUACAAAUGUGCAAGCAGACAUAGAUACAAAGCAAGAAGAAGAAGAAGAAAUCAAUCCUGCUGAGCCUUCCAAAAAUGAUGAACCUCAAGAACGUCCUUUUACCUGUGACAAGUGUGGAAAGUCUUAUCGCCAUGGAGGGAGCUUAGUAAAUCAUAAAAAGACUCACUUAGUAGGCAACUUUAAGUGCUUUGUAUGUUCCAGACAGUACCCCAACCUGGCGGCUUUUAGAAACCACCUGCGCCACCAUCCCAAGUGUAAAAAGGAGACAUCAUACAGCAAUAUUCAGGAGCUGCAAGCUCAAAGCCCACAUAAUGGCGUACCUUCUGGGGAUACUGGAGAGCUUCUGAUCAGUUCCUCUGCUUCUAGUGUCCCUCUACCAGAUCCUUAUGCUUCCCAGGAAAACACUAAUGAAUACUCAAACCCACUUUAUAAUAAUAUUAAUACAAGUUUACAAAACCGAAGCUCAGUCCACCUUCCUUCCCAAACCCACAAAACCCGUUACAAGUCUUUAAGUAGGCAUGGUGGAGUCAGAUCUGCAAGAAUAUCUGGCAGAAGGAGGAGACUAGUUGCAGCUCGCAGCUUAGAUGAAUCAGCUCAGAACGCCUCAAAAAGGGAUUCUCCAAAUGCAUCAGAGACUUCAGACAGACCUUUUCAAAUAUGUCAGUUCUGUGGUAAAGUGUUCCUUUUUGUUGAUGAGCUCUUGAAACAUCUUUCUGAGAGCUGUGAUAGCUCCAAGUGCAAUAAAGAAAACGGGUCUACAAAUACUGUAAACCAAGUGGACAUUCGAGAAAGACCUCCCCUGUCUCUCUCCAGAGUUGGUCAGAAUAGGGAGACAGAAGAAGCAUCUCUGCAACGUCCGUUCCGCUGUGAAGUGUGUGGUAGGAGCUAUAGGCAUGCUGGGAGUCUAAUUAACCACAAACAGACCCACAAAACUGGCAUUUUCCGUUGUGCAAUUUGUCAGAAGCCCUUCUUUAACCUUAUGGCUAUGAAGAAUCACAACCGCAUCCACUUUGAGCUGAAGAGACACAAGUGUCUGGACUGCAGCAAAGCUUUUCGCCUACGCAAACAGCUGGAAACACACCAAAGAAUACACCGGGAAAAAGUGUCGGCUAAAAGGCCUGGCCGACGUAAACGUCGAGUUGCCCGAUCUCGUAGAGGCUCUGCUUUACAAAAGCGAAAGUCACUGUGUGAUGAUGUCCCCGCUUCCAAUGUGAGUAAAGAUUCUUCUGUUAAAGACAAGGAAGGAAGAGGCCAAAUCAGUCUUGGUGCUUCAGUGAAGAGCGAUCCUGACUCCCGGCCUUACCAGUGUAAGGAAUGUGGACGUUCUUAUCGGCAUGCAGGGAGUCUUUUUAACCACAAGAAAAGCCAUACCAUGGGACACUACUGCUGCUCCAUAUGUAGCAAAACCUACCCAAACCUCAUGGCCAUGAAAAACCAUCAGCGAACUCACUAUGAAGCAAAGAGGCACACUUGUGGAGAGUGUGGUAAGACUUUUAAGUGGAAGCGGCAGCUGAUUAGACAUCAGCGCGUCCACGUCAAAAAGCAGAUUAAACAAGAAAAUGACACUUCAGCAUUAGAGCCUUCUGCUGUGAGCACAGAUCUUCCAGGAGCCAUAGCAUCAUUUACCCAGGAACUUGAUGGCAGUCCAUCCAAAGCUCUAAAGAAAGCCACAUUACAGCCUAAAUGUACCCAUUGUGGAAUAUUAUUCCUCAGUUACGAUGACCUGGAAAGUCACAUGUGCAAAGAAAGCCGUGUUACUGAAGGCCCAGUCAAAGUGGAAAACUGGCAAAAUGAAGCGGACAGAACUCUAGAUCCAUCACAGGGGUAUCAGGCAGAGGAACGGCCUUACCGGUGCAACUUGUGUGGCCGUACGUAUCGUCACGCCGGAAGUCUGCUCAACCACAAGAACACUCAUAAGACUGGGCUGUACAAAUGCUCGGUCUGCCUUAAGCAGUUCUUUAAUCCCAUGGCGAUGAAGAACCAUUUCCGUACUCACACGGCAGAGAAACGCUUCCAGUGCCUUGAGUGUGGCAAAGCAUUUCGCUCUUCCCGAGAGCUGAUUUGUCAUCAGAGAGUCCACACUGGUGAAAGGCCUUUCCAUUGCCUGACCUGCAAUCGUGGAUUUAGCAGCAAGCUAACUCUUCGGCAUCACCAACGGAGCCACACGCAAUUACCUUCACUUACUACUCAGACUGUUUCUUCCUCGCAAGAUGUACCAGUUGAAGGUACGAAGGACUGCGCGGAGGAUCCCUCAGCUUCUGCUGAAGGUGCAUCUCACCACGAUUCUUCAAAUGCCCAAGAGGAACGUAGGUUCAAGUGCAACCAAUGUGAUCGAUCUUACCGGCACGCAGGUAGUUUGCUCAACCAUCGUAAAACUCACAGCACUGGGGUCUACCAAUGCCCAGACUGCCACAAAGAGUUCUUCAACCUCCUUGCCCUGAAGAACCACCUACGUAUCCACCGAUACCCAUGUCCGGACUGUGGUAAAGCUUUUCGUAUUGCCAGCCACUUAGCUACUCAUCGUAAGAUCCAUGAGCAAGGAGGACCUUUCACCUGCCAACACAGCACCCAAGAAACUGACCUGCUAGAGCCUCAACCCCUCGGCAACUUGAUGGUGGAAGUCACAUGAAGGCGACUGAAGUUGGUCAGGGCACUACCCAGUCACUCAUAUGAGUGCACCACCUCCUGAAUUAAAGACUGAGGUUGCUUUUAAUGCUUUUUUUUUUUUUUUUUCACGUUUAUCUGUGUGCCAUAAAUACUUUAAAGUCCGCCUGUAAAUAAGAAAGCUUAGCAAUGAACAGACCCCAACACUUUCUAAAUUUUAAACAAAAAGUGGUACAGGUUUUCUUUAUUCCUUAACUUUACUGCUUUUCUUUUACAUUUCUGUUUUUUAUAAAAACUGCAAAAAAGAGGGGGGGAAAAAAACCCCCCCCCAAAGAAAAUAACCCUUUUAGCAGAUGCACUUCUGUGAAAUAUAAUGGUGCUUUAACUGGAUUUUGGACACUGUUCUGAGUGUCUCUUAUAGAGAUAAGAUGUAACACAUCAGCCCUAUCCCUAGUUAGAGGAUCACUGCCCCUGUUAUUAGUAUUAUAAACAUUCAGGUGGGCGGGGAGUAUACGUUAGGGGCAGCACAUUAGCUCGAAAAGGGUUACACUGCCCACCUAUAAGGCUGUUGUUGGAACUCAUUCUAGGGGGCGGUCUCAGCCCGAAGCACUGUGCAGCCAUGGGGUUAAUUUAUAUUGUACAGAGUUCUGGGAACCUGUAUACUCACAGUGAGGGAUGGGGAUGAUACACAUAAAUUAAUAUGGAAAGUC